ACCCCCAACCCCUGACCCCGAUCCCCUCCUCCUCCCUUCCCCCCCUCCGGCCACCGCGCCCCGAUGGCGGCCAACGUCAUGCUGGCGAUCCACGAGAAGAAGGCCACGGUCGUCGACCUCUAUCGCCCGCUCCGCCAGUACAUCGCCUCCGCCUACUCGGAGCGCGACGCGGCCACCGCCGACGACGACCUCUGCGCCGUGCGCGACCUCCGCGCCGCGGCCGUCGAGAGCCCCUCCCUCCCGGACUCCUCCUCCCUCGAGCAGCGCUGCGCCGCGCUCCUGGCCUACGCCCGCGCGCUCGCCCUCGUCGAGCCCCGCUUCCCCAUCUCCCCCGACCGCGCCCACGUCCACUCCCUCUCUUUCACCUGGCACGACGCCUUCAAGACCAACAAGAAGGUCAGCCUGCCCUCCGUCCACCUCGAGAAGGCCGCCGUGCUCUUCAACCUCGGCGCCGUCUACUCGCAGAUCGCGCUCGCCGCCGAUCGCACCACAGACGUGGGGAUCAGGACCGCCUGUGGCGCCUUCCAGAGCGCCGCGGGGGCCUUUGCCUGGCUCAGGGAGAGUGGGGUCGCUGCCAAGGCCGUCGCCGCGGGGGCCACCACCGUCGACUUGACGCCCGACUGCGCGGCGAUGCUGGAGAAACUCAUGCUCGCGCAGGCUCAGGAGUGCUUCUUCGAGAAGGUCAUAGCUGGUGGGAAGCCGCCCGCGCUAUGCUCCAAGGUGGCGCGCCAGGUGGGCGUAUUCUACGAAGAAGCUUAUGCAGCUCUCUGUGCACCUCCUCUUAGUCAGCACUUUGACAGGACAUGGGUUUCUCAUGUCCAGCUCAAGGCAGCUCAAUUCUAUGCUGAUGCUUGCUAUAGGUUCUCAUUGGAUCUUCAUCAGCAAGAAGAAAUUGCUCAGGAAAUUGCGCGCCUAAAAAUUGGAAUGAACGCCUUGGCUGAUGCCAAGAAGGCAGCUAAGGGAGUUGCUGCGCCACUUCUGGAUUCUGUUAAUAAGCUGGAGAGUAACAUGAAAACCAACUUGGAGAGGGCCAUGAAGGAGAACAAUAGUGUUUAUCUGAUGCGGGUUCCAGAGGCGGGUACUUUGGGAGCUCUGCCUGCAGCUUCCCUUGUAAAAUCUACUUCUUUGGCUGAAGUUCUAGAUGCUAGCAAUGAGAGGCUUUUUUCAUCACUUGUGCCUGAUGGCAGCAUGAAGGCCCUUUCUAAGUACACAGAGAUGGUAGAUGAUAUCAUUCGGACCCAGGCAGAGAAACUUCAGCAAUCUAGUGAGAUCACUAGAGUUAGGCUGAAGGAAAUGGACUUGCCUGAUUCUAUUCUAUCAUUGGAAGGUAAUGUCAGCAUACCUGCAGAUCUGAAGGAAGAUGUUGAGGCUGUUCAGAUAAGCGGUGGUCCUGCUGGCUUGGAAGCUGAGUUGCAGCAGCUUAGAGAUUUGAAUAGGGUCAAUCAGGAGUUGCUUGUUCAGACUGAAGAGAUGCUGCAGAAGGAGGCAAGUGAAGAUGCUCAAUUCCGGACGCAAUUCGGAAGUCGUUGGACUAGGCCUCAAUCAAGCACCCUAACAAAGAACAUUCAAGACCGAUUGAAUCUUUUUGCUGGUAAUCUUAAAAAAGCGGCUGCGAGUGAUGCUUUGAUCGAACGAGAUGUGAAGGAGAGCUACCCCUUGAUGUCUAUUCUUGACAGAAGACCGAUAGAAUCUGCACUACCAAGUAUUUCAAGGCCUAUCAUGUCCUUGGAUGGGAAUGAAGAUGCUAUCGUUGGAGCCCUUAAACAAAGCUUGAGGCAACUGGAAUCUCUUGGUGCACAAAGGGCAGGCCUUGAAGACCAUCUCAAGGAAAUGAAGAGAAAGGAUGAUAUACUCCCUAAGUUGAUGGCUGGUGUUGGAGCACAUGAUGAUCUUUUUAGGAAGGAGAUUGCGAAGUACGAUCCUAUCUGUGCUGAAAUUGCUGAUAACAUUGUAGCACAGGAACAAUUAUUGUUGCAAAUACAGGAACAAAAUGCGCAAUUUGCUGCUGUAUUCAAUCUAGAUGAUUACAAAGUUGCUCGUGAGAGAUGUUACAAGCAAAUUGCUGCAGCUGUUGCUAAAUACCAGGCAAUUAAGAAGAACAUGAAUGACGGCCUAAAUUUUUACGUGUCUUUACAGGAUGCAACCGGCAAGAUACAACAGCAGUGCGGUGACUUCAUAAUGACGCGGAACAUCCAAUGCCGUGAAAUGAUCGAGGACGUGCAAAGAAAGUUAGCAGGUUUCAACUUGUCAUCUUCCAGCCACAACACUAACACGCCAAGGAGCUCUUCCGUUCCACCGGAUCAGCACAGUCCAUCACCGCCGCCACAUGAUGCUCAUGCUCAGUCCUCGUACGGUGCUCCACCUGGGGGUGACCCGAGGCCAGUUUACUCCCAACCAGAAUCAAGGCCUCCGUACUCACAGCCAUACCCCAACUAUGGUGGGCCACCGCAGCAACCUCCAUAUGGCGCAGCACACCCUGGUCAGUACCAGCAGCACCCGCAGCAGCAUCAGCCACCUCCUGGCCAUGACUAUGGCCAACCGGCGUAUCCCGGGUGGCGCGGGCCGUACUACAGUGGGCAGCAGCCACAGCCGCAGCAACCGGUAAAUUUGACAAAUUUGACCUAUAGACGAAAUCAAAUCACAGAAUGAACUGUUCGUGAAACUAUUUCACGCGGCUGACCCGUGGCGCCUAGCUCCCAGACGCUGCACUAGUGCAACGUCUAGGAGCUAGGCGCUACAUUGUAUAGUGUGGCGCCUAGCUCUCAGGCGCUGCACACUGACUUAGUAAUUUUCUGAUCACACGGGUGCGACGCUGGCCUUGUAGCGCCUAUCUGUGAGGCGUUGCACAGUGUAGUGUGGCGCCUUCGUGUCGGGCGUCACACAAAAAGGUCAGCCGCGUGAAAUAGUUUCACGGAUAGUUCAUUCUGUGAUUUGAUUUUGUCUAUAGGUCAAAUUUAUCAAAUUUGCCGCAAUAACCAGGGCCGUAUCCACAAGCACCGUACAGUGCCCCAGGCGCGUACCCUCCUCAUCACCAGAGCAACUACUACAGGCCUCAAUGAAAGACCAACUUGGUCUGGAGGAACGAUUUGUUCUCUUAAUUUUUCUCGCGGAUAUGUGUCCUUGUGGAUUCCAUUCUUGUGUAUACUGGCAUAGUGGUUACGAGUUCCGGUGGAGUAAUGUCAAUUAUGCUCGGGUUGGUUAGGCGGUAGCCUGUAUGAUAUGUACGUGUAAUAAUGCAAUUGGCGUGCCAUUGCCUGGCUUCAGUAUUGGAUUAUAGAAAUGAGGAACAAUUAUUUUUUCUCA